CCGUCUCCUCUCCGCUACGCCGCAAGCUCCGCGCACUGUGGUCCGCCCCGCACCACCGGCUGAUGAGGUGUUUUGCAGGCGUAGGGCGGGAAGCGCCAGCGGCGGGGGAAGGCGAGGGUCAUUCCCAGUACCCGCCCCCCGUGCUGCAUCCUUCGCAAGUAGGAAACGGCGGAAGAGGUCUGAGUCCUGUGCGGUUCAGCAGGGAAGCAUCGUCUCCGCUCAGCUGUCCGUGCACAAUGGACUCAGUACCUGCCGCCGUGCUUUGUGUCGCCGCAUCUCCCGGGGACCCCGAGCUUCUGGGACCCCUGACGGUGCUCUACGCAGCCCUCGUAGCUUGUCUAUUUCAGCUAGUUGCCACAUUGCCCAAUGGUGUUCAGCCUGGGCCUGAUUUUUAUGGACUGCCGUGGAAGCCUGUACUUCUCACUGUCUUCUUGGGAAUUGUUUCAUUUGCCAUUUUCUUCUGGAGAACUGUUCUUGUUGUCAAAGAAACAGUAUAUCAAGUUACUGAACAGCAAAUUUCUGAAAAGUUAAAGAACAUGAAGAAAGAAAAUGAAGAACUAGUGCAAACAGUGUCAAAUUUUGAACAGAAGAUCAAGGAAUCAAAGAAACAUGUCCAAGAAACCAAAAAACAAAAUAUGGUCCUCUCUGACGUAGGAAUGAAAUAUAAGAAUAAAAUCAAGCUACUUGAAGAAACUAAUGAGAUUCUUGAGGACAGAGUUAAAAGUCUUCAUGUUGUGUUAGAAUCUGAGAGAGAACAGAAUGUCAACAAUGAGGACUUGAUAAUAGAAAUGAAGAACUCUGUAGAGAAGUUAAAGGCUGUUAUUUCAAUGAAUGCUUCAGAAUUUUCCCAGGUUCAAAUUGCUCUUCAUGAAGCUAAGCUUAGUGAAUACAAGGUGAAGUGUGAAUGCCAUUGGGUUCAGGAAGAAAAUGCUAGACUUAAGAAGAAGAAAGAGCAGUUGCAGCAGGAAAUCCAAGACUGGAGUGAAUCACAUGCUGAGCUCAGUGAGCAAAUAAAAUCAUUUGAGAAGUCCCAGAGAGAUAUAGAAGUAGCUCUUACUCAGAAAGAUGAUAAUAUUAAUGCUUUGACUAAUUAUAUUACACAGCUGAAUCGGAUAGAGCUUGAAUCGGAAUGUGAGGGUCAAAAUGAAGGAGGAGGUGAGUCAGAUGAACUAGCCAAUGGAGAAGUAGGAGGUGACCAGAGUGCGAAGGUGAAAAUUCGAAUUAAGCAGCUCUUGGACGUCUCUGAGACACAAACUGCAAUAUCAGUAGUUGAAGAGGAUCUAAAACUUUUACAACUGAAACUAAGAGCCUCGAUGUCUGCAAAGGGUAACCUAGAAGACCAAAUAAAGAAAUUAGAAGAUGACCGCAAUUCACUCCAAUCUGCUAAAGCUGGACUGCAAGAUGAGUGCAAAACUCUGAGUCAGAAAGUGGACAUUUUAAAUGAACUGUACCAGCAGGAGGAGAUGGCUCUGCACAGGAAACUGAGUCAAGAAGAGUAUGAGAGACAAGAAAGAGCAAAGUGGCUGUCAGCUGCAGAUGAAAAGGCAGUUUUGGCUGCACAGGAAGUUAAAACUUACAAGCGGAGAAUUGAAGAAAUGGAGGAAGAAAUACAGAAAGCAGAGUGCUCAUUUAAGAAUCAGAUUGCCACUCAUGAGAAGAAAGCUCAUGAUAACUGGCUCAAAGCUCGUGUUGCACAAAGAGCUAUAGCUGAAGAGAGAAGGGAAGCUGCUAAUUUGAGACACAAAUUAUUGGAAAUGACCCAAAAGAUGGCAAUGCAGCAAGAUGAACCUGUGAUUCUAAAACCAAUGGCAGAAAGAGCAAAGACACAAAACCCUCCCCGGAGAGGUCCACUGAGGAAGAAUGGGUCUUUUGGCCCGUAUCCUGUGAGUGCUGGAGAACGUUCCCCUCCACUGACAGCAGAGCCAGCUGGGAGACCUGUCUCUACUACUCUGAAUGGAAGAGAUAUGGGUAGAAGUGAAUUUGGGUCAAUGGAUGGACCUUUUCCUCAUCCUCGAUGGUCUUCUGAAGCAUCUGGGAGACGCUUUGCCUGUGACCCGGGACGUGGUCCAGCUCCUGUGAACAGCAGCUCCAGGAGCUCUUCUACAGCCAAGGUGAUGGAUGAGGGCAAGCAAACCAUUCCCUGUGAACCCGAGGCCCCCUCAGUUCCCACUGUUACUUCUUUGGCUGAGCAUCCAAUAGCAGUUAAUAUGGAUACCAAAGGACCCCCUCGUUUCCCAGGGGUAUCUCUCAUGGGCUCCCCUGUGGGAGGGCCCCUACCACCACCUGUUCAGUAUGGACCGCCACCUCGGCCACUUCCUGGGCCACUUCCUUGGCCACUUCAGCUCGGUGGGCCUUUUGGACCUCCACCAUUUGGUCCUGGUGUGCAUCCACCACUAUGCUUAAGAGAAUAUGCACCAGGCAUUCCACCUGGAAAACGGGAUCUGCCUCUUGACCCUUGGGAAUUUUUACCAGGACCCACACCACUUAGACCUUUAGGUUCUUUUGGUCCAAGAGAGUACAUCAUUCCUGGUACCCGAUUACCACCCCCAAACCAUGGUCCCAAGGACUACUCACCAUCACCUGCUGCAAGAGACUUGACACCUUCAGGCUCUAGAGAUGAGCCUUCAUCUGCCUCUCAGAGCAGUAGCCUGGACUGUUCGCAGGCUUUAAAACAGCCUGUAACCAUGACCUCUGACACUUAGUCAGAAUGUGGACUGUGCACUCUUCAUUGUGUAAAGGGAUUAUUGGCUUCGAAAUCCAAAAGUCUUAAGGGUGCCUUGGCAGUGUGUGCAUUUUUGAGCCAAAAAAUUCUAAGCUACCAUUCCCCUUUUAAAUAAUGGUCACCUCUUAAGCUAAUGUAGCCUUCCAGCUUUGAAGUGUGCAAUAAGGAAUACCUGUAUUUUAGUUAAUGUAGCAUAUAUAAUUGCUAAAAGAUUUAGAAUGUCAUAAAAUAUGAACAUUUCCUGUGGAAAUGCUUUAAGAACAUGUAUUUCCAUUAUCCUAUUUUGAGUGCAGUCUAGUUGAUAGAAAGCAAUGGUGUUCACAAGCUUCAUGUUUCUAUCGUAAUAUCUGGUCACAUUGUUAUGCUAAAAAUGUUCACUCAACUUAUUUCCUAAACUUAUUUCCCUUCUUGCUGAAGUUCUUUGUAGUGAUAGUAAAUAAAAAAUUGCUUAUUAAUAUUC